GAUGAAGAGCCAAGGAAAGAUUGUCGUUUGGACUCCGCUGGAAAACGAAAAAACGAAAAUUCUCAAACAACAUCCACGUUCGGUAGAGUGGCUGUCGUUUUCACCCGACGGGCGGUUUCUCGCAUCAACGGAUUUUGAUAGGAAUUUGAUCAUCUGGGCAACUGAGAAUUGGCAACCCGUUUACAUCGGCGAAGAAUAUAUACGGGGCGGACAUUUCUCGUGGUUAUCUUCUUCGUCUACGGAUGCCCCUGACUACAAAUUGACAUUCAACUCAUCCGGUGGCAGGGUUCCUGUCGUAGAAUACGCCGUCGGCCAGAGUGUAAUUUCAAGCAAAGAUGAAUGAAUGAGGAUUGCCAAGGAAUUUCAGAAACUCGCGGAGAA